AUGAUGGACGUGUCCAGUUGGAAGGAGAUGGAGGUGGCACUAGUCAGUUUUGACAACGCUGAUCAGAUCGUGGAGGAUCCCUGUUAUUCAAACGACCUCAGCCCUGCCAGCCAGUCGCGGAAAGGCCAUCCCAGCUGCGCCAACCUCCUCUCCAACUGGAGAAUCCUCAUCAACAGCGAGAACGCCAACAAUGAGACCAUUUUCUCCAGGUUCUCGGCCGAGUUCAGUGAGCACCUGGUGGGGGAGCGGGUGGGCAUGGAUGAAGGGGAUCAGCGUGUCAUCAUCAACAUCGCUGGGCUGAGGUUCGAGACACGGCUCAAGACUCUCAACCAGUUUCCCGAGACCUUGCUUGGGGACCCAGAAAAGAGGAUGCGUUACUUUGACUCCAUGAGGAAUGAAUAUUUCUUCGAUAGGAACAGGCCCAGUUUUGAUGGGAUCCUGUACUACUACCAGUCCGGUGGGAAAAUCCGGCGCCCGGCCAAUGUCCCCAUCGAUGUCUUUGCUGAUGAAAUCACCUUCUAUGAGCUGGGUGAUGAAGCCAUGGACCAGUUCAGGGAGGAUGAAGGGUUCAUCAAGGACCCUGAGACUCUCUUACCAACCAAUGACUUUCAUAGGCAAUUCUGGCUGCUCUUCGAGUAUCCUGAAAGCUCCAGUGCAGCCAGGGGUGUAGCUUUGGUCUCCGUCCUGGUCAUUGUCAUCUCCAUCAUCAUCUUCUGCAUGGAGACCUUGCCGGAGUUCAGGGAAGAAAGGGAGUUUAAGUCCCCCAAGGAGAUUUCUAGGAAUGUGACAGAUACCUUGCUAGCCCACAGCACCUUCACAGACCCGUUCUUCGUCAUAGAGACUGCCUGCAUUAUCUGGUUUUCCUUUGAGCUCUUUGUCCGGUUCAUUGUGUGCCCUAGCAAGACUGAGUUCUUCAGGAACAUCAUGAACAUCAUCGACAUUGUGUCCAUCAUCCCCUACUUCGUGACGCUCACCACCGAGCUGAUCCAGCAGAGUGAACUCAAUGGGCAGCAGAAUAUGUCCUUAGCCAUCCUGCGGAUCAUCCGGCUGGUCAGGGUCUUCCGCAUCUUCAAGCUCUCGCGGCACUCCAAAGGCCUGCAGAUCCUGGGGCAGACCCUCAAGGCCAGCAUGCGGGAGCUGGGCUUGCUCAUCUUCUUCCUCUUUAUUGGCGUCAUCCUCUUCUCCAGUGCCAUCUACUUUGCGGAAGUGGAUGAGCCACAGUCUCAUUUCUCCAGCAUCCCCGAUGGGUUCUGGUGGGCCGUGGUCACGAUGACGACCGUCGGCUACGGAGACAUGUGCCCAACCACAUUGGGUGGGAAGAUCGUGGGAACGCUGUGUGCUAUUGCAGGGGUAUUGACCAUUGCGCUUCCCGUCCCCGUCAUCGUCUCGAACUUCAACUAUUUCUACCACAGGGAGACAGAGAACGAAGAGAAACAAAUUCUGCCGGGGGAGGUAGAGCGAAUACUCUCGAGCGUGGUGACGGGAGCCGGCAGCAUGGAGUCACUGAAUAAAACCAAUGGGGCUUACCCUCGGGACAAGGCGAAAAAAUGA